GCUUCCUUUAAACUUCAUCUUUGUGUCAGCAGUCACUACAGUCAGUAGCUUUUUCUCUCACUAGUCACAUAACUAAUACCCAUAAAACAUUGAGAAAAUGCCGUUAAUAGCCAAACAGUCCUUGAAGAAAAGGGAAGAGGUCAAGGAUGAAACGUUACACCAGAAACCAUCUUGUAAAGUAAGACAUGGCCUCUGUCGGAAGACUUCCCUCAUAAUCUUAAGUCAGAAGAUGAAGAAGGGUCGCAAAAAUAAUCCAAGUGAGGACGACAAAACGACCUGGUUGAGUGCCAAUGGUCAGACUAUAGCCGUAGAGAAAAAACACAUCAAGAAUUUUGGAAUGGAUAUGGACAAUUUUUUUAAAACAAGCGAUCCUGAUCAGUGUCCUGAUGAUAGAAGCUCAUUGGAAACCAUAGCUUUGGAUAUGAUGAGUGCAUCGGAGGUUCAGCCUACUACACCUAAUCUAGGCAAAGGUAAAUCCCCCAAGAAAAAGACAGACAAAUUUAACCUUCUCUUGAAUCCAGAACUUGUAAAUCCCAUCGGCAAACGCGUUUUGGAAAUUGCCAAGAACUCUCCACGAAAACCCAAAGAAUAUUCUAGAAGGAGGGUUGAGAAGCACAAUUGCGGGAAAAAGUCAAACAAAUCUUGUUUUAAAACCACAAAAAAAUCUUUUCCAAAAAAGCCCGCUGCAAAGCGAGAACAUGAUGAUGUAACUCUAUGUGAAUCCGAAAACAUAACACCUAGAAAUGAUAUUAGCUCUGAUCCAGAAAAUAAUGGGAUGCACUGCAUGGCAGAUGGGUUAAGCUCAGAAAACGAAUCAGCGAAUUAUUUGUCAGAGGAAGCUUAUUUUAUAGAGAAAGAGAAGAUAACCUUAGAUGACUUCAUCUUAGGCUCUAACUAUACAUGUAAGUUUAACUUAAAUUUGGGAAACGAAGAAACCAAAUCAUCGGAAGAAGAAACCAUUGCAUCGGUAGAUGAAACCAUUCCAUCGGUAGAUGAAACCAGGCCGAAAGAUUUUUUUUUAGAAAAUGAAGAGGAAGAAAUAAGUGAAAUAUCGAACUGCACUGCUUCCGGGAAUGAGUUAAAAAGGCCAAAUGAGACCCCAAUCAAGGAAAAUUCUAAGCCGCCCGCAGAUACUAAACUCAAAGCUAAAGUCAACACUGAUCGCCAACCGUUGGGGCGCCCUGGCAAUGUGGCCGUUGUAAAUCCUACUUUAACCAAACGUAUUCCUCGAGUAAUGCGACCAGGACAAAGGUUAGUUAUUCCUGUUACCAGUGACAAUGGAGAUGAUGAUGUUUAUCCAACACUCCAGUGGGUCAUUGAUCCGCCAACAGGCGAUCCUGCUACAUCUUGGGAAGUACCCUUAAAUGACUUCAUUUAUCCAUCGCCCUCUGAUUUAAGAAGAAUCACGAAGGAUAUAUUGCACGCCUCGAUGGAAGAUGAAUUGAGUCGACAAAUAAAAAAACAAAAUAACCGGAUAAGCAGGUUUUGUCGCCAGAGGCUACUUAAAAAACUUAAUACUCCCAGAGAAAGAAAAACGGUUCCUUGGAAAUUGACAACAAACCUGAUUAACAUUUGGUUUUCAAUACUUUUCACAGCCCUUUUGGUUUACGUAUAUUAUAAGACUUAUAUUGGGCGACCUAUACCUAGGACGCUUUGGCAGAACGUUCUGCUUACUUUUGGAAUAACCAGAUAAAUGUUGUCCAAAUUUAUAACUGUGAAAAUGAAAAAAAAAUCAAAUAUGCAUUGGCUUGGAGACUGUUUAUAUUUUAGAAUUUAAUUUCAGUAAAUUGACCUUUAAAGAUGCGGAAAUUAUUAUGUCUUUAAAAUAUUCUGAACACAAAAUGGAGCUGGCUGACACCAAAUAGUUGCCCAUAUCAUUUCUCAUUUAUCAAAUGAGGUUCGAAAACCUUUUGUGGCCUCGUCAUGGAAUGCAAGUGUCUCAGAAACAAGUCAUUUAAAUAUUUAGUACCCAGUCGAUUACCCCUGCCUACUCCAUUCCUAAAAUGCCCGAUUUGAGAUGAAGACGGAGAUGGCAGGAACAACAGCCUGCCUGACAGCCAAUCGCGCCAGUGAACGUUAGCAAAUGCAAAUUUAAUGGUCUAUGAAAAAGGUAGCCGGGCAAAUGCUUUUAACCACAUCCGCUGCUAUUAGUUCACCGUCGGAACCGAAAGAACCGUCGGAUCCGUCGGAAAACCGUUGCUAAACAACAAGAGCGACGGAUAACAAUGGAAAAUGACGCCAGUGGAAAUGCGAAAAUCAAUGCGCAUUAGUGGAUGGUGUUGUUUCAUCUUAGUCUGCUGGAGAAUUGGCAAUAUCCCCAGCUAACCCUCGCUUAAAUUUUACAUUAGCCAAGUGGAUGUGAGAAUCAAAGACCACCGCAAAAGCUAGCAGUCGAUUGAACAUUGCAAUCUGAAUAUCUGAUGUCGCAAACUUUUAGAUUUAGAGAGCUCAUUUCAUUUGAAAUAAAAUAUAUAGGGGUUUUUAUGAUGAGUACUAAUCAAAA